CAGGGAACCGGCAACUAGGCACCAGUGUGGACGCUUGAGGGGCGACCUCCUCCUCACUGAACCCGAGUCCACGUCCCUCCUAGGCUGCAGCCAUGAAGGAGAGACGGACACCGCAGCCAGUGGUGGUCAGAUGUAAGCUUGUGCUGGUGGGGGACGUGCAGUGUGGGAAGACGGCGAUGUUACAGGUGCUAGCGAAAGACUGCUAUCCCGAGACCUAUGUGCCUACCGUGUUUGAGAAUUACACAGCCUGUUUGGAGACAGAGGAACAGAGAGUGGAGCUUAGUCUCUGGGAUACCUCAGGCUCUCCGUACUAUGACAAUGUCCGUCCACUCUGCUACAGCGACUCGGAUGCAGUGUUGCUCUGCUUCGACAUCAGCCGUCCAGAGACGAUGGACAGUGCACUCAAGAAGUGGAGAACAGAAAUCCUAGACUAUUGUCCCAGCACACGUGUUUUGCUUAUUGGCUGCAAGACAGAUCUUCGAACAGACCUGAGCACUCUAAUGGAACUGUCCCACCAGAAGCAGGCACCCAUCUCCUACGAGCAGGGCUGUGCGAUAGCCAAGCAGUUGGGUGCAGAGAUCUACCUGGAGGGCUCAGCUUUCACCUCGGAGACGAGCAUCCACAGCAUCUUCCGGACGGCAUCCAUGGUGUGUCUGAACAAGCCUAGCCCAGUGCCCCCGAAGAGCCCUGUCCGAAGCCUCUCCAAGCGACUACUCCACCUUCCCAGUCGCUCUGAACUCAUCACUUCUACCUUCAAGAAGGAGAAGGCCAAAAGCUGUUCUAUCAUGUGAAGUUGGAGCCGGAGGCGGGGAAGACAGCCCCCCACUUCCUCCCUUGGGGUACAGAGGCAUGGGGAGAGGGAGGAUGAGACGUUUUCAGAUGGCCACGGAGAGAGGGCUUUAGAAGGAGACAGGAAUGGUAUUGAAGAAGAGGCCAGGCCUGGCAGGAGGGCCUGACAUUUAAGUGAGGGCCAUCAUAUCCCAAGCCAGGCGCUAGGCUGGAGAGGGGGUCAUUGCCCCAGUGUCCCCCCUACUCCAGAGGAAGGAUGGGUACUGGGGAGAUGGGGACAUGAUGGACUCAUCUUCAGCAUCAAGCCUCUUCCGCACAUCGUUCCCACACAGGCUCGGGUGGGAGGGGUCCUUGGUCCCCUCUCUUCCCCUUUACGAAGUGGCAGUGGACUGGAGAGUAGGAAAACCUGGAGGCAGCUCCCUUGGGGGCUUAACCCAGAUGAUGCUUCCUCACUGAAACCAGGAGGGCGAGGGCUGACCAGGCCUAAAAAGGAGACCUCAUCUUUGCAUAGCCCAUGCAUCAUGGAGAGGUGACAUCACACAUUCACACGCUUCUCACUGAAGUCCCCCGGGCCCAAGGGAGAAGCCCCAGACCCCCUUCUUUUGCAGAAUGUGGGGGUGGUGGUGCUGCAGGGGCAGGACUGAUGGGGGGGGGGUCGUCACCAGACUUUCCUGCCCUCAGGGCAGUACAGCUGGGAUUUGUUUUAUAGACUCUUGUUUUUGGAACUGGGGGGUGGAGGGGGAGCGCUUCGAUCCGUUAUAUGUUCUGUGUUUAAAGAAGAAAACCUAUUUAUUAAUGAAAUAUAACAUAUGAAGAGGUU